GGUUACUCACCACCUUCCACACCGCUGGCCACUCAGGCAUGAGGUCCCACUCUGGCUUGUCUGUCCUCUUCCUCUUUUUGAUGCUGACGCCGAGAGGAAAGGCUGGCGUCAUCCCCGGAGAAAAACAAUGCAUUUUGUUGAAAGGGAAAUGCAAAGACAUAGGAUGUGCACCAACAGAUGACGUCAUUGGUAUAUGUAACGAUGAGAUGAAAUGUUGUAGGAAAUGGUGGGUUUUUGAACCCUACCCGACACCGGUUCCCAAAGGAAAGUCUCCUUAG